AUGAUACCUAUUUGCCUUCUGCUCGUAUUUCUCAAUCAUUUAUGUCAGGUGAUAGCUGUUCACAAGUCCUCAGCUAUAACUCAGGAUAAUGGUGUCAAAACAGCCCAAGUUGGGGAACAUGUAAUUUUGCAAUGCAUCUGUCAGGAAGAAUCUGUAACUUUUAUCUUCUGGUACCAACAAACUCUGGGAGGCAAACCUCAGCUCAUAUCAUCGCGGAUGAAGCACCAGACAGAAUCAGAGAUGAACCCAGAUUUUAAAGAGAGGUUUCAAGUUCUUGCAAAAAGUGGAGAUGGUACCAAUAAUCUCAGUAUCACAAACAUUAAUCUAUUGGACUCAGCGACAUAUUACUGUGGGAUUUUAGAAUUCAAUGCAAUUGAAUUUGGACAAGGAGUCUUCCUUCACGUCAAAACAUCUUUUUCCAACAUCCAGGCUGUUGUCCAUCAACCACCAUUAGAACCACUUCGGUCAGGAGACACUGCAAAUUUGAGCUGCACAGUAUACACCGAGCCAUAUGCUAGGGUGCAGAGCUUCUACUGGUUCAGACAUGGUGUGUCUCAGCCUGCCGUCAUGUAUCCCAGAGAAGGACAAUGCGUAAAUAUCUCCAUGGAAGAGCCUGUCAAAAAAAGAUGCAAUUUAUACUUCUCCAUAGAGUCUGUGAACUCCUCUAAUACUGGGAUCUACUACUGUGCUGUGGCCUCCUAUGGGGAGAUCGUUUUUGGAAAUGGAACAGAAAUCAAGAUCGCGGGAAACUCAACUGAAGUCUCCCUUCUCCUGGUGUACUUUCUGAGCACGACAUUGGCAGUUUUCAUUAUCGUGCUCCUUGUCUUGGUUUUCGUUGUGCACAAGUUGAAAAAAAACCUCUGCUCUGUCUGCAAAGGAACUGUUUCUCAUCUGACAUUUUCUCCAGCCUCUGACAAUGUGAGCCAAGAUGCAGCCAACCUCCAUUAUGCUGCUCUGAGCCUAAAGAAGAACAGUGAACAACACCGUCAAGAGGACAACGUGGAGAGCGUUUGUGUAUACUCAAGAGUAAAAAGUAGAAAAGUGUGA